AAGCACCAUUUCUCAUACCAAUUAUCCAUUCAUCACGUAACCCAGUUUUUCUUUUUCAUUAACCAAACUCCAAACCCCUCUUGUCAAACACUUUUUCCCUUUAUACCCUUUUCCCUCUCUUUCAAUCUUCGUCUUUUUCCACAAAACGUCGUCGUCGUCGUCAACCAUUUCAAUAUUCAACAAAGCGUGUAAAUCUUCUUCUUCUUCUUCUAUUUAUUGUUUAUUCAAAUUAUAAUUAUAAUUUUCUUGCAGAUAAUAUAAUUUUCAAUUUCAAUUUCAAUUUUUUCUCUGAAUUUUCAAAAAAUCAAGAAAAUUAUGAGAAGAAAUCAAGAUCAAGAACAACAAUCAAGGAUGAUUUGCGAAUUAUCAUCUCUAGUUUUUAAUCUUCUUCUACAAUCUUCAACGACGCCGUUAUCUUAUUCCGAUCGAUCUCCGAUCGUGCCGGUGCAUCCGUCGGUGUUGAGACGCUCAUCGGCGGCGGGGCAGAUAACUCCGGCGGGAUUUGCCGCGUUUGUUCUGGGGAUUUCGGUGGCUUUGAUGCUGUGUGGAUCGGUUACUUUCGUGAUUGGGUUUAUGUUGAUGCCGUGGGUUAUUGGAUUGGUUAUGGUGUUUUAUGUUGCUGGUGUUGUUUCUUUUCUUUCUGUUUUGGGUCGCUCCAUUCUUUGCUUUGCUUCGCCGCGUAAAGAUUCUCCUGAGUGGAAAUUGUUAUGAAGAAACGAGGGAAAUAUGGCGUUGAGCAGUACGAUACUGGUUUUGUGCCUGCUCAUGCACUCUAUAGAACAAUGAAGACCACAGAACUCAUAUUUGAAGCAGGAAUCGUGGAUAACACAAUUUUAUAUAAGUUACCAUAAUUUGUGGGUAUGGCUUCACUUUUAAUUACAAUUACAAUAGCAAAGUAAGAUUCUAAAGCACUAAGAAUUGAGGAGUCGUUCCCGCCUGGCUUCUUUCUUGUGUUGUCCUUUGUUUUAUUCAUAUCUGUUAUAACAUCUGUAAAUUGCUAAUUAUAGGUUUUAGAAUUCUCUUUUUAUCCCAUUUCCAAACAUGUCAUAUAUACAUAUAUAGAGAGGCAAUGCAUGAUUUGUCUCGAAGACCAUGGAUGUACUGGAUCAAACAAAUUUCGGAUCAGAUGGUUGUUGUAGAUUAAGCAUCCGAAAUUAUUUCAUGUAAUAUGAGAUGUUAUUAUUGUUAUAACAGGUAUUAAUGUGGCUUCAAAGUUAUGCUUUUUUA